AUGGUGCGAGUAGAGCUGGAGUGGGAUAUCCCCAUGUCUGUGACGCUGCCCAUCCAGGUGCAGCCCGACCCGGCACACCAGCCGUUCCCCUUCCUGGACACUACACUGGCUGACCUGGGCAUCGAAGAGUCAGAGGUGAAGGAGAGGGUGGUGUGGGUGGACACCAAAAAGACCCAGGUGAAGAACAAGGCAGGGAAGCUGAAGGAGAACGAGAUCACCAUCCUGGAGGUGCGAGUGAAAGCUCAGAAGCCUGGAGAAAAGCAGCUCCAGGAGGUCCUGUACAGCACUGAAGCCCAUACUGACCGCUCCUUCUGUCGCACAGGGAUGGAUAUUCUACCCUGGAAAAGCAGAUGUUCAGGGGAGAACGGACUGGAACCAGUACAGAUGACUAUGGCACUGGAUCUGGAGAACCAACAGCCUAACGCCACCGAAGCCCAGGAGCAACGGGAGAUCUGA